UUAUUAUCUUCACUGUACCAUUUACUGUUUACAUAGUUAGAUAAACACAAGACAUCCCAAUGCCAUAAACUGCACUUUCCUCCCUUACCUGAAAAGUUGCUUUUCUAAUUCUUUUUUUUUCCCUCCCGGGUUUAAGCAAAACUGGUUGGUUUUAAUUUAUUCGACUUAACUUAAUUAUCGUAUGAGUAAUGGGUGGGUUUGGUGGUGUUCCCCACACGAGAAAAAGAAGCAGCAGCGAGAACAGUGGUGGUAGCGUUGUUGGGUUGGAUGUGAGAGUGCAGAGCCCUGAAGCAUUAUUCCAUAAUAAGAUGACGAUGAUGGCGCAUCAUAAUCAUCACCACCGUCCAUUGUCAUCACCCUUUGAUAAUGAUUCCUGUGCUGGUGAUGGCGAUGGUCCCACGGCUUACAUGUCUUUUACUAAUCAUAUAAACCUUGUUAGUGGAGCUUCUGUUCUCGCUCCUGCUAUUGAUGGUGGCUGUGGUGCUCCUGCACCUGUAAGGACUUUGCAGCCUUUUGACAUUUCUCCUUAUACUUCUCCCACCACCACCUCUUCUACCUUCAAACCCUCAGCAGGUGGGAUGGCGGCUUCGUUGGGGUUUCCUUUCACAAGUGCACAAUGGAGGGAGCUUGAAAGACAAGCCAUGAUAUACAAGUACAUGAUGGCUUCUGUUCCUGUUCCACCUGAUCUUCUCAUCCCUACUUCACUCACACCCUCUUCACGCUCUGCCUGCAUGGAUGGUGGUUUCAAUCUGAGGUUGGCCAGUGGCACCGACCCGGAGCCAGGUAGGUGUAGAAGAACAGAUGGUAAAAAAUGGAGAUGUUCAAGAGAUGUGGCUCCCAACCACAAGUACUGCGAGCGCCAUAUGCACAGAGGGCGUCCCCGUUCAAGAAAGCCUGUGGAAGUUAACACCAAGACCGCCACUCCCACUUGCAUCAAUAACAAUACCCACCAAAUCAAGAGGCCUCGCCAUGAGUGUAAUCCUUUUCCUCCUAUACCUGAUGUAACCGUCGCCAUUUCUAACCCCACAUCUAGAAAACAUGGACCUUCACCCCACUUUCUUGGCUCUUCCACCACUCUGCCAUACCUUGAAUCUCCCCUCUCUCUUGCUAACUUUGGUUACAAAGCUGCACAUUUCGACUCCAUGCCUUCUGUUUCUGCAAAUAAGGAGCCCAGGGGUUUGGAGUGGAUGCUGAAUGGAGAUCCUAUUUCCCUAGGUGCUUCUGACUCAGAAUGGCAGUCUCUGAUGCAUCACAAAGUUGGACUGAGCAGUGAGGGUUCUUGUAACAAUCCCCAUCCUCACUACCUGAAUUCAUUUACACUAUACAACACUGGGAUGGAUCAACAGAACAGACGCCACCCUUUGUUCCUGAAUCCUCUGGUUGUUCCUGUGGAAAAUCUCCAACCAGAGAAGCCAAGAGGUUUCAUCGAUGCUUGGUCCAACACAGAAACCGGUGAAAACAAUGCCCCCACCAACAACAAAAACUCUGCUGCAUCAAUCGGUAAAUUGUCCCUUUCUUCUCUUGAUCUAUCAAUGGGGGGUGGUGCUGUGAAUGAAGAUGUAGGUAAUGUUAACAUAGGGCUGGGCCUAAUGGAGUCUAUUGCAAACACACACACCGAUACCAAAAUCUCUCUCUCGAACUGGCUCAACCCUGCACCAUGGGUGGCCUCAACACUUGGGGGUCCUCUGGCUGAAGUUCUUAGGUCAAGCACGGUGACUGCGACAACAACCAACGAAGCAACCUCAAACACACCAUCACCAGCCACCACACAUGUUGAAUCUAACAGUCCUCUGGGAACAAUGGUGUCGUCUCCAUCUGGGGUGUUGCAGAAAACGCUUGUUUCGUUGUCUGAUAGCAGUAGCAAUAGCAGCCCAAGGGUUGCAUCAUCAAGGGCGAAUUCUGAGAUGGCCCUGCUGAGGUUUCAACCAAAUGUAAAUUAAUUAAAUUAGUGUUGAUUUGAAAUGGGGUAAUAUUAUUAUGUAAUGUGGCAUAUUUGGCUAAGUGUGGUGUCCAUUCGGAUAGGUAUAGGCCCUGUGUCCUAUUGUGGAGGACGGUUUGUUAUAUACUGAAAACCCUCUGGUGAACAACCUGUGUUUCUGUUUAUGUGAUGAGGACUGGUUGCAGCUUUAAAUUCUUGGUUCAUGGAAACGUCAUGAUGUUACUUAUCUCUACCUCCCAGUGUAUGAAUCAAUGCCAUGCGGUUGUUUCUUGUGGGGUCCUUACCUCCUGACCCAACUUGUCGGAAAAGACAUAAAUCCAACUUUGACUAUGUCAA